CGAUCGCGCCCAGCACAGACUUGCCCCUUCCCCACCACCCAAACCUACUCUCCUGCUUCAUUCCUCCCAGAUCCCACGGUCCCCAAACAGUGCACCUGCCGGAGGUCCCAACCCAGCGGGAGAAGUGGACAUGAGGUUGGCAGGUGCCUGUGAGGUUGGAUAUGAUCCAAGUGGCUGCCCUUCUGUCAGCUGGAAAACUAAGAUGAAGAUGCCUUGUGGGGAUGAAAAUGGUCUAUGGAGGGGACUGAUUGCGGCCCCCUGCGCAUCGUGGCCCUAAUCAUCGCUAUGGGUCUCACCUGGAUCCUAGUCACCAUCCUCCUGGGUGGUCCUGGUGGUGGCCUUCCUCGAAUUCAGCAGUUCUUCACCAGCCCAGAGAACUCAGUGACAGCAGAACCAAGGGCCAGGAAGUACAAGUGCGGCCUGCCCCAGCCAUGUCCUGAGGAACACCUGGCCUUUCGCAUAGUCAGCGGGGCUGCCAAUGUCAUCGGGCCCAAGAUCUGCCUCGAGGACAAGAUGCUCAUGAGCAGCGUCAAGGACAAUGUGGGCCGUGGGCUGAACAUUGCCCUGGUGAAUGGGGUCAGUGGUGAGCUCCUGGAAGCCAGAGCCUUCGACAUGUGGGCUGGAGAUGUCAAUGAUCUCUUGAAGUUCAUCCGGCCAUUGCAUGAAGGUACCCUAGUGUUUGUGGCAUCCUAUGAUGAUCCAGCUACCAAGAUGAAUGAAGAGACCAGGAAACUUUUUUCUGAACUGGGCAGCAGGAACGCCAAGGAGCUAGCCUUCCGUGACAGCUGGGUGUUUGUGGGAGCCAAAGGUGUACAAAACAAGAGCCCCUUUGAGCAGCAUGUGAAGAACAGUAAGCACACCAACAAAUAUGAGGGCUGGCCAGAGGCCCUGGAGAUGGAAGGCUGUAUCCCUCGAAGGAGCAUGGCGGGCUAGCACAGCAGAGCCCUGGGACCAGACUGAAGGAGGCAGCAUGGCACCAGUAUAGGGUGGAAGCCUUGCCCCAUGCCCAGGCAUGAGGCUCUCCUGCCCCAACACAUCAGGGCUCGAAAGUGACUUCAAGGUGAUGAGAGCUGCAGGGCUGGGGCAUUUCACUUUGUCACGGAGCUUAGGUAGUUGUGUCCUUGUUUUCCUAAAGCUGAUCCCAUAGUCAGUUCCACCCAGCCCCUUCCUCUGCCUCUCCUGUGUCAUCUUCUAUUUCUUGAGUGCCCCCAGAGGCAAGGGUGUUGUUCAGUGCUUGCUCCUUUCACUGGAGCAGCCAAUGGGUAGGUUAGGACAUCUUCCAGAACGUCUCCCUCCCAGAGUCACUGCCCUGCCAUCCAACCCUGUUUUCAGUGUGAUCCUUUUUAAGUAAGCCAUAUCAGAGUUUAAUCAGAUCAAACCUGAAUGGAGGACUGGCCUUUGGUGCCCAAGUAGCUGGAGUCCAAUCAAAGUUCUUCAUAAAGUAUAUGGUAAUAUGCAGAUUGUCAGAGAGCUCACCUUCUAAACGACCUGUUUGUUAAUAAACUAAUCAAUUUCAGUGGAAUAAAAUGCAUUCAGAUGUUGUCUUCA